AAUUCCACCCAAUGUCCGGGACAUUGUCUAUUGCACAGGAGUUUCCUUAAUGGAUGAAGAUGUAUGGGAAUUUAUCUGGAUGAAAUUUCAUUCUACAACAGCUGUUUCAGAAAAGAAAAUAUUGCUGGAAGCAUUGACCUGCAGUGAUAAUAGGAACCUGCUAAACAGGCUUCUCAACUUGUCACUGAAUUCAGAAGUGGUACUGGAUCAAGAUGCUAUUGAUGUUAUAAUUCAUGUAGCAAGAAAUCCACAUGGGAGAGAUUUGGCAUGGAAAUUCUUUAGAGAUAAAUGGAAAAUUCUGAAUGCAAGAUAUGGAGAAGCCUUAUUUAUGAAUUCCAAACUUAUAAGUGGAGUUACAGAAUUUCUCAAUACAGAAGAAGAAUUAAAUGAGCUAAAAAACUUUAUACAGCUCCACAAAGUAGGGUCAGCUGUGGCUCCUCUGUCCAGGGCAUUGGAAACUGUAGAUGCUAACGUACAAUGGCAGCGACUAUACAGGGAAGAACUCUUUCAGUGGUUAAGAAGAACAUUGAAACAAUAAACUUUGGACCGUUCUUUGAUCCAUCCGAGAACCUAGAGUCAUACUUAUUGGGAAAGACCAGAAUGCAUGCUGUAAAAUUUAUUGAAAACAGCAAAAUGGGGCACAAUGUGCCUUUCUCUAUUUUUGCACUUGGCUCUUUUUCAAACCAGAAGACAUUUUUUUCAAGAGAAACCACAAGGACUGUAUAAUUAUAUCCUGACUCCUGGCUUCCCAGGAAAAGUGUUAUAUACAUAGCGCAUGUUGAUGUUAUUGUAUAUUUUUCAAGCUAUAUUUUCUGCAUGGUUGUAUAGUUUGCCUGUGUUCUCCAGCAUGCUUAACUGUACUGUCCAUAUUUUGUAUUUGAACUGCUGUUAGAUCAAGAGUGGGCAUUAUGCAAAAGCACAAUGACUAUUUAUGACAAUCAGUGCGAUAAGGAAGUUAAUUUGAAGGAUGGAAAAACAAUACUCAAGAUCUCAUGUGAGCCAGUACUGCAAAUACAGUAUACAUAACUUCAUUGUAUUAGUAUACAGAUUGUCUAGCAGUGAUUGCUAUUUCUAUAAGACAGCAACAAAUAUUUUGAGAGUUAAAUAAUGUAAUAUAUACAUGCAUAUUAAAAUGAUUUAUAUUGCUUUUCUACAUCGGCCAAGUCAGUACUUUGGG